AUGCAAGAAGGGAAAGAGAAAUUGGAAAGAGAGAUGGAAAGUCGAAAGGAGAAGCGAAAGGCAUUGAAGAAAAUGAAGAGAAAGGAGAGAAGGAAGGAGAUUGCGGAGAUGGAACGGUUGGAGGAAGAAGCGCGUCUCAAGGAUCCCGAGGAGCAGAGGAAGAGGAUGGUUUUGGAGCAGCAAGAGGCCGACAGAAUCGAAAGGGAUAGGAUCGCAUUCGAAGAGAGGGAAAAGGAUUGGAUCAUCAAACAACAACAACUUCAACUUGUUCACCAGGAACAAUCUCAACAACUCGAUAACACCGACGUCGUAGAAGAAGAAGCUGCAGAUGACGAUGAUGGUGGUCCUCCGGAGAUUAUUUGGCUAGGUAAUGAAAUAAUCAUCAAAAAGAAAAAGCCCGUUCUCCUCCUUCACCAUCGGGACCACCGUGAUGAUAAUAUACCUACAUCAAAUCCCUUUCCACCCGAAUCUCCCUCUCAAACUCGCUCGCUUCCCGAGAAUGUUGCUCAACAAAUACCUAAUUUCGGAACCGAACUGGAUAAAGCUCACUGUCCUUUUCAUCUUAAAACCGGAGUCUGCCGAUUUGGUGAUCGUUGUAGCAGGGUUCAUUUCUACCCUGAUAAGUCCUGCACCUUUGUCAUCAAAAAUAUGUAUAAUGGUCCUGGCCUUGCUUGGGAACAAGAUCAAGGACUUGAGUAUACAGAUGAGGAGAUUCAAUGUUGUUUUGAAGAGUUUUAUGAGGAUGUUCAUACCGAGUUCCUGAAGUUUGGAGAAAUUGUGAACUUCAAGGUGUGUAGAAAUGGUUCAUUUCACUUGCGAGGAAAUGUCUACGUACAGUACAAGUUGUUGGAUUCAGCUCUGCUUGCUUAUAACUCAAUUAAUGGUCGCUAUUUCGCUGGGAAACAGGUCAGAUGUAAAUUUGUUAAUUUAACAAGAUGGAAGGUUGCUAUUUGUGGCGAGUAUAAGAAAUCUCGUUACCAGACUUGUUCUCGUGGAACAGCCUGCAAUUUUAUCCACUGUUUCCGUAAUCCUGGUGGAGACUAUGAAUGGGCAGAUUCUGACAGACCACCCCCAAAAUUUUGGGUUAACGAGAUGGUUGCUUUAUUUGGUCAUUCUGAUGAUUAUGAGAUCUCGAGGAUUCAUGACAAAUCUAGUACACCGAAGCACUCCAGCAAUGUCUCAGAAACAGAUUCUGACAGGUAUCACUCAAGAAGAUCUAAAUCUACAGAGAUAGAUCAGUCUAAUGGUGGUCGUUCUGAUAGAAGAAAAUAUGAAGAUGAAAGAAAACAAAGAACUCAUCCCGAGGAGUGGAAUACCGACUUUAAAUGCAACCACAAAAGGAAGCGCAGGAACAGAACUCCUGAUAUUGAUUCUGACAUGGAAUGGUUAGAAGAGAGAGAUAGGGAAAAGUAUCAUGAACGCAGAAGGAAAAGCUCAUUUAAUAUGAUUAAGGAUGACAGUAGCAGAAGACGUGAAGAGUAUUCUGAGGUGGAUAGAGCAACUGUAAACAAGGACCAUGAAAAGCAGCAUGAUAGAAAAGGAAGGAACUCACGAAUGUCGGAUUGGGAUAGUAGGGACUGUACUUAUGAGGCUGGAUCUGAUGAGGAUAGUAAUAGAAGAAGGCACUGUAGUAGCCAAAGGAAAAGAUCAAGACAUCAUAGCAGGGACAGCAAUAAUGUAACUGAAGAACCUGACAAAAAUAGAGGCCAUGAAGAGUAUUUUGAUGUGGAUUGGGAUACUAUGACUAUGGACAAUGAAAAGCAGAAUGGUGGCAAAGGAGUGAUCUCGCCAAAGCGAAAUAAGGGUAGUAAGCGGCAUCAGAUUUACGAGGCUGGAUCAAAUGAGGAUAGACAUAGAAAAAGGCACCACAGAAGCCAAAUGAAGGAAUCUAGACACAUGAGCAUGGAUGGCAACUGUGUAAUUGAUGAAUCUGACAAAGAUAGAGGAGAGAUGGAAUCACAAGAUGAUUACUCAAGGAAAAGCUCAAGGCUCAAAAGAUCUGGUGGUCUUCAGGACUAG